GGAUUAAUAAAUAAUAUGACAAAAAUAAAGUAGAAAUUAUUUGAAUUCUUUGUUAUUUAUAUCUAAAUAUUUGUCUUACACAUAUUUACAAUAUUCAAUAAUUGUUCUAAAUACUGUCGUAUGAAAUUAGUAAAAUGAGUGAUAAAAGUAAUGAGAAACCUGGUGAAGGUUUAAGAUCUUUAAGGUCUACAACAGCCUUUCGUGUUAUCAAUUUUGAGUUGUAUGCAAAGCCUAAUAUUGUUAUAAUGGGCUUGGGUAUCACAUGUUUCGGUCUAGCUCUUGGUUAUAUUGCCUAUAUGAGACAAAAGUACGAAUCCAUGGGCUACUACUCAGCGGUCGACAAAGAUGGCAAAGAAGUAUUUGAAAAGAAGAAAUCUAAAUGGGAUUAGUCCUAAUGUACAAAUUGUUAUAGUUAUAUUUAGUGUAAAGAAUUUAGAAAUUAAACCCAUAAUUAAUAUCACAUAAUUUUAUCUAGUAUAGAGAAUACUUUAAUAAUUUACAAAACAUUUAUUUGCACUUGACUCUUGCCUUAAGCAAGUAUAAACAAACCCAUCUUUAAUUUUUUGUACAAUUUUUAAACAGAAAGUACAAACACAAAAACAAAUACAAAGAUCUUUUGAUGUCAGAUGUUUAUUAAUUUAAGCCAAAGAAAACUAUGGACAGUUUUAUCAAAACUGAAAAACUUAUGGAUUGAUCCUUUGUUUUCCAACGGCUAUUCCCAGAUACGGUAUUAUAUGCUCUUUGAAUACCAUCGCAGAGUUAAAAUACAGGUCUUUAGGACUUUAUUUCCUAACAAGCUGCCCGUGACCACGUCCACGAGGAAUUAAAAAACCAAACUAGUAGCCUAUGUAUUCUUCCAGAAUAUGAUCUACAUCUAAGCCAAAUUUCAUUGAUAAAGCCGUUCAAGGGAUAUCUUGUAUUAUUAGGUAAGACAGUGACAAACAAUAGCCAGUAUCUAUUAUUGGAAAAAAAAUUGCUUUGACCUCAAAUAUGAUAUUCAAUUUCAUAGUUGUUCUGUAUAUGUUAUCUGCGGUCUGUUGUCCAUUUGACAAUAUGAGUUUGACAUGUGUCAAA